ACCAAGCAAAUCUCGAUUUGGCGUUUUCAUUUCAAGGUGCUCAACAGUACCGAUUCAACUCUUCCUUCAUUUUCACCUCAAUUUUGAUAAAUGAUUAAUUCCUCAAUCAAAUCCAUUGACUUUGAAUUAUACGGUUGUUAGAUCUCUAUUCUCAGAAUGAAUGGCGACGCGUCGGAUAUAACGGCGGAGGAGGAUCCAACACCAACAACAACGACGACGACUAAAGAGGAGAAUAACAAAAAUAGCGAUAGGAAUAACAAGGAAAAUGUAAAUUCAAUGGAUCCAGAAUUGUUCAGUUGCUUGCUUCAACCAGCGAGUGCCGAUUUGGAUCCCGGCUAUAUCGGCAUUCGCCGUCUCCUUCUUUUCCGCAAAGCGGAGUCCGGUGUCCGUGGCCGACUGGAUUGGAGAUGCAAUGGGAAAGGCUAUGUAGCCUACCGUAAUUACAUUCGCAGACCAAGAAAUUGGGAAUUGCAAAUACCAAGCCAGGCUAGCACUCCAGGAAACAGUGGGCGAUGGCUUCCAUCUCUAAGUCCACACUCCUUAAUGUUUGAGGUGGAAAGUUGGAGUUCUAGCAGGGACCUGAGAAAUGGCAAUCUAGCUUCAAGUCAUAGAACAAGUUUUAGCUCAACUGCAAGUGACAAUGAUCAGUUACGUCGUCGAGGGCCUGAACCUGGAUAUUCUUUUGUAGGAAUGCAUUGCAUCUUUGAUCAAUGCAAGGCGUCUGUUACUGUCUUGAAGUUUGGGCACAUGAGUUCUGAUCUACUUGCAUAUGGGGCAUCAGAUGGAACCUUGACAGUGUGUACUGUCUCCGAAUCACCUUCAAUCAUCAAACAAUUAAAUGGACAUUCAAAAGAUGUCACAGACUUUGAUUUCACCUCAAACAAUCAAUACAUUGCAUCAUCGUCAAUGGAUAAAACUGUGCGAGUGUGGGAGUUAUCAAAAGGCAUUUGCAUUCGAGUAAUAUAUGGAGUUUCUCCACAAUUAUGUAUUCGUUUUCACCCUGUAAAUAACAACUUCCUUUCGGUUGGCAAUGCAAACAAAGAAGUCACUGUGUUCAAUUUCAGCACUGGAAGAAUUAUUAAUAAACUGGUCCUCGACAGUGAAGUUACUUCUAUGGAUCAUGAUCACACUGGUCAGCUAAUUUUCUGUGGGGAUGGCCAGGGAUGCAUACACUCAGUAACUAUGGACUCUCACUCAGGUGCAUUGUCUCGUUCCCAUCGUAAUCGAUCUACUGGCAAGCAAAAAUCUCCAGUCACAACCGUGCAGUACCGGAGUUUCUCUCUGUUGGCACGGGGUCCUGUGUUGCUGACAUGUACUCAAGAUGGAAGCUUGACUUUCUUCAGUGUUGCUCUGGAAAUACAAGGUUAUCUUACUCUUCGUUGCUCCCUCAAAUUAGCUUCACGAGUUCACAGCAUUCGAGUCUCCUUCUGUCCUCUGCUUUCCCUCGAAAAAGGAGAAUAUAUAGUUGCUGGAAGUGAGGAUUCAAAUGUCUACUUCUAUGAUUUGACUCGGCCAAAGCAUGCUUGUGUGAACAAACUACAGGGCCAUCGAUUUCCAGUCGUAGGGGUUGCGUGGAAUCAUGGAGAAAACUUACUAGCGUCAUCUGAUCUUUACGGCGUUGUAAUUGUGUGGAAGCGAGCAAAGACAAGUUAGUACCAAAUUUUGUAUAGUGUACGGAUAAAUUUUCUGAGAUAAAUUUCUUUGCUUUAUCUCAUCAUUCUUUGACAAAAAAAAUGUUUAAAUACAAUUAUUGGCUGCCUUCUUCAUGGAUGAAGGCCAAAUGUGACAAUAUUUCGUCACGUAUGAAACCACU